AACACAUUUUACAUUCUAGAAAAAAACCCAUAUAGACAUACAGUACAUAUUGCUUAAAAAACCAACCCAGUCAAAAGAUGUGUCGACUUCCUUCCUUAAAAACAGUGCAUCACUGCUUGGGGCCGGCUUUCACUGUCCAAUCUGCCACUCCUUGGCUUUAUUUAUAUAAGAGGUUUCACAAGGGGGAACAGGGAUUUCCUUCACGGAGAGCAGGUUCACAGCCGUCCUCUGAAGACCAAAGCUCUGAGAUCUUCUUACAGAUAAUGACCAUGGGUCUGCUGGCCAGGACAUCUAUUACACUCUUUUUAAUGGUUUUCCUCUUGAAAAGUCAAACUCUGGCUUUUAAACUUUUUUCAUUCAGAUCCGUGACUCAUGAAAUCAUAACUCGUGUCGCAAUUUUAGAGACAACGAUCGGGGUUUGCAGAGACCAGGCGCUUCGUGAAGGACGAGAUUUUGUGCCGCCCAGAAUAGUGACAGAAGAGUCUCUGGCAGCAGCUUGUUCUUCACCUCUCUCAGCCAAAGGAUUUAAGAGGAGCAUAAAGAAGAUCGUGGGACGAAACGCCUGGGUGGACGUACGCCACGUCUUUAGCGCCAAGCACCACUUUGAUGACGAGAGCUUUCUGCGUGGACGAGAUCUUAUCACUAAAGGAGUGUUUACAGUCAAAGCCAGUGUCAAACAGCAGCGCUACGAAUGUGCCAGAGAGAAGCUCGGUGAAGUCCUGCACACUUUACAGGAUUUCUACAGUCACAGUAACUGGAGAGAAAUGGGAAACAGAAGACCUUAUUCCAACCUGAUCAAACCAAGCAGCCCAAUCGAGAACAUUGCUGAUUCAGCCACAUGUAGGAGCUGCAUUGGAAAUAACUGCUCAGGAAACAUCUUGGAGCAGAUAAACACACAGCGCAAACUGACCUCGGGAUACUUUAACCUCGUUAGCUCCAACAAACCAGAAGGAAAGUGCAGCCAUGGUGGAUUCUUUGAUCGGUCAAGUGGCAGAGACCCCAAAGGGGGCAUUAAUAAGGAUGAUGUAGAUGCCAGUCAUGGAUAUCUACACGUAGAGGCAGCGGGCACAGCCAUUGGUGCUACCAAAGAACUACUGGAAGACAUCAGAGCAGCAGCUGGAGAUUCAGAGUUUCUUAGGCUGAUGGGAUUUACCCAGACUUCAGUGCUGUGUUUUGUUAUUGAUACGACCGGCAGCAUGUCUGAUGACAUCGCUGAGGUCAGGAGAGUCACUUCCUCCAUCAUCGAGAGCAGGAAGGGAACUUCCAAGCAACCCUCAGAAUACAUCCUGGUGCCAUUUAAUGACCCUGAUUAUGGCCCACUGACAAGAACAACAGACCCUGAACUGUUUAAAAGCAAAAUGGGUGAACUUCAAGCUCAUGAUGGAGGUGAUGCUCCUGAGAUGAGCCUCUCGGGUCUCCAGCUGGCUCUCACUGGCUCGCCACCACAGACUGAGAUCUUCGUUUUCACGGACGCUGAAGCAAAGGACAAGUGGUUGAAGAGCACUAUCCUCGCACUGAUCGAGAGAACAAAGUCUUCAGUGACCUUCAUGCUGACCAAUGCUUUCAGUGGUCGAAGUCGGAUCAGCGGUGGGCCACAGUUUUCUUCUCGAUCCUCCAACCCUUUAAUAGGCAUCUACCAGGAACUGGCUCAGGCUUCUGGAGGUCAGGCUAUAGAGGUCACCAAAGCAACACUACCCCAGGCCACCAGCAUCAUAGUGGACACCUCCAGCUCUUCUCUGGUCACUGUUUUCCAGGCUGUAAGAGAUUCAGCUAAACCAGAAAUCUUCACAUUCUUUGUGGACUCCUCUUUACAAAAUCUGACCAUUUACAUCACAGGAAACCCAUCAUAUUACACCAUCACUGGACCUACAGGAGCCACACAGAGCAAUACUGAACCAAGUGGACCUUUGGGGAUUAUUGAGAAGGUUGGUAACUUCCACACAGUGCGUCCUACUAUCUCUGACCAGACAGGACAGUGGCGCAUCAUCAUUUUCUCAGCACGGCCCUACAGCAUCAAAGCCUUCGGUCAAAGUGCAGUUGACUUCCUGUUCGACAUUGUAGAACUUUCUGAUGGGCCUCAUCCGAGCUACGCUGUAUUAAACAGCAGGCCGAAAGCUAACAGUAAUGUCACAUUGCUGGUCUCCAUGCUUGGCGGGGAGAUGGUGAGGCCAACAGAGGUAACUCUGGUUGACGCCUCAACUUCUGAAUCUUUUAAUGGGACUCUGGAGGAGGUUGCUAUUGAAGUUUACCUCGCGACAAUUGCGAAUGUUCCAGCAGGAGAGUUUCUUGUUUGUGUGAGCGGAGAAAGCAGCUCUUCUAGAGAUCCAGUCCAUUUUUUUCAAAGACAGUUUUUAACUCAUCUCCGAACAUCAAAUGUGUCAAUCACUGUUCAAAGUGACGCUGGAACACUGGAACCAGGAAGAUCAUUAACUCUACCCUUCACAGUGUCGACUAGCGGAUCUGGAGGAGUUUUUAAUAUCAGAGUCAGUAAUGACCGAAGUUUCCUAAUGGCUGAUUUUCCAUCAACCCUGACUCUGGAGACUGGGGGCAGUGUGAAUGGUACAGUAACUCUGACUGCACCUGGAAACACCCCCUCAGGAACUGACGUCACGCUGACUAUCGAAGCUGAAGCACCACGAGCAACAGAUUUCAACUACGCAGUGCUGAGGAUUUCUGUUGUCACUCCGGUAACAGACAUUACUCCUCCAGUGUGUGAGAUAGUUAGCGUUAAUGCUAACUGCUCAGGGAACUGCAGCCUCUUGUGGUGGGAUCUCUCCGCUAACAUCACUGACAGAAACGGUUCAGGUAUUCAGCGUCUGGCAGUGCGCCAAGGCCUCGCCACCCUCAACACCAGCACUGUUCUGGACGGAGGCGUGAACGUCACGCUGGCGUUCCUUCGAGCUUCCUGCUGUUUCCCUCAGGCGGAGCUGGUGGUGGUGGAUUCAGAGGGGAAUGUCGGCUCCUGCAGCAGAUCAGUGACCUCUACAGUUUCACCGAGCACCAGCAGUCCUACAGUCCCAACCAGUGCUAACAGAGCAGAGCGUCCUCUGGGGGUGCCGGGCUUCUUUUGGGUCACUGCAGGAAUCAUCCUGCUGUUCCAGUUCACCUAAAUCCUGAACUCCACCGGGAAUAUUUAAGCUCUACCACUAGCAUGUUUAAGCUUAUGUAAUGUUAAUAAUGCAGCAAUCAUGCUUUAAUACAGAGUAAUGGGGUCAUGAAUAUAUUAAAAUGCACAUUAACCCUC